AUGGCACAAUUGUCCCCGACGCGUUCAAGGGCAUCGCUCCCCAAACAAUUGGCCAAUUUCACCAAUUCUACCGCUGGUCUGGACUUGACCCUCCGCCUGUUCCAUAGUCUGGCCCUUAUCGGCUCUGGACUUGAAUUUGAUGAUACUACUGUGAUGAGAUGUUCAAUUGCGGCAUCGCAGAUAGGGCUAGCGAGGCGCUACCUCCGCUUCUUUGGGUUCAUCGGCUGUUUCCAGAAUGUCUCCGACAUUCUAGCUACCGGGUCCUCUUUUAGAAACCGAGCAGCGAUGAUGGAUCUGUUCGAAUCAACUUGUCUGGGAAUGUACCUUGCUCUCGAGGGUACGACAAUGGUGAGCCUCCCAGUCUCAUACCGUUCGCAAUCAAAGCACAGUGUUAAUCGUGCUGGACAGCUACAUGACAUGAACAUUUUCUUGGUUCCAUGGUAUACGCCGAUUCUGCUUGAAUCCUACAAGUUCUGGUUCUAUGCUAUGUGUGUGGCAAUUGCGAGAACCGUCUCGGUUCUCCUUUUUGGCCCUGUGGUGCCUAGCACCCCAAAAGGCUCCAUAGAUGAGAAGAAAGACCACACCUCGAGUGACUACCCGUCGUCGACACUAGUCCCAGUUACUUCGUCUCUCUUGACACGGCUGGUGAUUGAUAGUUUGGACUUGACUAUUCCCGGGUCUUUACUGGGAUGGUUCCCCGUCAGCGACAUGGGGGUUGCUUUCACUAUGCUAGCAAGCACGAUACUUGUCUGGCCAACUGCCUGGGCGAAAGCCCAACCUUAG